GGUUCCAAAACAACUGGCCUUCUUAGAAUUUCACAAAAAUCAGUUCCUAAAGAGCAAUAUCGAUAAAGAAAGCUAACAACAGAGAGUUGAAGAACUGUGAUAACUCAGAAUUGAGUUUAUCUCAAUAAUAAUACUGCAAAAAUGGCAUCAACAUCAUCUUACAUGGCUUGUACAAAAUUCUCCAUGUUGAGUUGUGUCGGAGGGAAAAGAGGAGAAAGAAGAAAAAGGGUUUUCUCCGUUUCAGCUCAAGAGCAAGCAGAGGUCCAAGAAACACAGCAAUUGAAUACUGCACAAGGAGAAAAAGAAACGAAGCAGCAGGAGAAGGCGAAACAAGCAACACAGCCGAGGCCAGUGGAAAAGCAAGUGAAUGUGAAGAGCAAGAACAUGAGCAGAGAAUAUGGAGGACAGUGGCUUAGCAGCGUGACUCGCCAUGUUAGAAUCUAUGCUGCUUACAUUGAUCCUGAAACCUGGGAAUUCGAUCAAACUCAAAUGGAUAAGCUUACCCUUCUCCUUGAUCCUACUAAUGAGUUUGUCUGGACUGAUGAGACGUGCCAUAAGGUCUACUCUUACUUCCAAGAGCUUGUGGAUCACUACGAGGGCGCCCCCUUGACGGAGUACACACUUAGACUGAUCGGUUCAGACAUAGAGCACUACAUAAGAAAGCUGUUAUAUGAUGGAGAAAUCAAAUAUAACAUGAAUGCAAGGGUAUUGAACUUCAGCAUGGGGAAGCCACGCGUUCUGCUUAAUAAUGAUGACCAGCUCCGAGAUGCACAAUGAACAACGUUCAAACAAAGUGGCUAGACAAAAUAUAGACAUUACUAUCGGGUAUCAGAUUGUGACUUGAUCUGGUAAAACAGUUUUUUAUAUAUAUAGCCUUCUCCCCACAACAUUCAACAAGUUGCAUCACACUUUCAGCAAACAGAACUUGGCUCUUCCACAUUGAUGCCUUUUACACCGCGACAAUAGCUGAAUGCACAAUCUUGUAUCUGCCAAAAUAUUCUUUCACAAACUAGAUUUCAGUUUCCAUCUUUGUUGCUGCAAUGGGAAUUAUAGAAUUUUCGGUGGGAAAACUUCCAAACA